AUGGAUACUACUGUUCAAGAAAAAGACGGCUUCCACAAAGACGAGGAGGCAUUUGCUUCAAGCUCAGAGAAGGAAACCAGAGAUGGCACUAUCAGCAAGUUGCAAUUCGUCAAGGGGUUCAGAUUCUGGGCCAUUCUGGCGUCAGUCUCCGUUACUAGUCUUUUGACAUCGCUCGAAGCAACAAUUGUCUCAACCGCCUUGCCAACGAUAAUCACCGAGCUACACGGUGCUAAUAAAUACAUCUGGGUUUCCAGCGGAUAUCUCUUGACUAUGACUACCUUGCAGCCAAUCUAUGGUCAACUCGCAAAUGUGUUCGGAAGAAGAUACCCCCUGAUAUUUGCGGCUGCAAUUUUCACGCUCGGGAGUGGCAUUUGCGGUGGCUCGAAUUCCGUCGAGAUGCUCAUAGCAGGCAGAGUACUACAGGGCAUCGGCGCGGCUGGCAUCAGUGUCCUCGUUGAGAUCAUUGUUUGCGACAUCGUGCCUUUGAGGGAGCGAGGGACCUACCUUGGAAUUGUCAUGGGCUUCGGCUUUCUCGGCUCUGCACUCGGUCCACUAUUCGGGGGUCUGAUUGUUGAAAACAUUAGUUGGAGAUGGGUCUUCUAUCUGAACCUGCCUGUGGGAGGAGCCGCCCUAGUUGCGCUUUUUCUCUUUCUGCAGGUCAAAUUCAACAAAGAGAUGACGAUUGCCGAGAAGCUAAGGAGAAUGGACUUUGGCGGCAGUCUGAUCUUUGUUGGUUCUGUGGUUUCCAUUUUGAUUGCCCUAGCUUGGGCUGGUUCACUUUACGCGUGGUCAACGGUGCAGGUCAUAGUCCCGCUUGUGUUGGGCUUCAUCGGACUUAUCUGCUUUCUAAUAUACGAGGCAUUCGUCUCUGACCCUAUUAUGCCGCUGCACCUCUUUCAGAACCGUACGUCUCUUGUCGCCUUUGUACUCACCUUCCUACAUGGGAUUGCCACCGUAUGGCUCCUUUACUUCCUACCGGUGUAUUUCCAGGCAGUACUUCAAGCCAGUACAGAACGCUCUGGAAUCGACCUUCUCCCCACCAUAUUUGCCAUCGUACCGUUUGCGAUUGCAGCAGGGGUAGUUAUGGGGAAAAUCGGGCGUUACAAGCCAAUCCACGUGGUCGGAUUUGCAGUAAUGAUGAUGGGUUUUGGCCUUUUGACUCUAUUGAAUGAGAACUCCUCGACUGCAGCUUGGGUACUGUUCCAGGUGGUAGAGUCCCUGGGCGCUGGCCUCGUCAUUCCGACGUUACUUCCAGCAGUCAUGGCCGAACUGACUGACGCAGAUACUGGGAGUGCAACUGGAACAUGGUCUUUCAUGCGAGGUUUCGGUAUGACUUGGGGCGUGACGAUCCCUUCUGCCAUAUUCAAUGACCAAACCACGCGAUUGGCUUCGCGAAUACAAGAUCCCAGCGUCGUCGCAAUGCUCACCGGGGGCCAAGCGUAUGAGCAUGCGACGAGAAGCUUCGUCGAAUCAUUGACGGACCCAACUGUCAAAUCACAGGUUAUCUCUAUAUUUACGGAAAGCCUAAAGCGAUCGUGGCAGAUAGGCAUUGCUUUCCCUGCUCUUGGGUUCUUGAUUGUUUUCCUGGAGAAGGAAAUUCCCUUACGCCAAGAACUAAACACUGAGUAUGGCAUUGAGGACGGGAAAGAGAAAGACAAAGAGAAAGCCUAG